AUGGAACCCCAGAAUUCGGCUCUUGGCUCCACUAAGGACCUUUCUCUGGAGUCGCAAUAUCUCAUAAAUAACCAAUUGGAGCUCCAACAGUCGCCGCCCAAGAUCCCCCGCACAAUAACCAUAGUACCGAACACCUACAACCCUCCAGAUAACUUUGCCAACGUUGCUGGUAAAAUAUACCGCUCUUCUUUUCCUCGUCCCGAAAACUUUUCAUUUUUGCAACGUCUAAAGUUGAAGUCUAUUGUUGUUCUCAUACCAGAGCCUUACCCCGCGGAAAACCAAAAGUUCCUUCAAGAUAAUAACAUCCAGUUCUUUCAAGUACCCAUCUCGGGAAAUAAGGAACCAUUCAUCAACAUUCCCCAAGAGUCAAUAACUGAGAUAUUGAAGACCGUUUUGAAUCCCGAAAAUCAUCCGUUACUUAUCCAUUGCAAUAGAGGUAAACAUCGUACAGGGUGCUUAGUUGGAUGCAUUAGAAAGCUCCAGAAUUGGUCAUUAACAAUGAUCUUUGAUGAAUACCGAAGAUUCGCCGCUCCAAAGGUCAGAUCCUUAGACCAGCAGUUCAUCGAAUUAUACGAAGAUAUGGAGAUCAUAGAUUACGCUUUGAUAAAUAAUUGGCUACCUGUUGCUUGGUAA